AUGCCCGCCGGCGAGGCGCCGCCCCGCGGACCGGCGAAGCCGCCAGGACCGCCGCCGGCGAAACCGCCGGGCACACCGCCUCCUGCCGCCGCUGCCGCUUCGGCCGCCAGCGGCGUGGACCCUGCUGCCGCGACCACCCGGGUCCCCGGCAGCGAGGGCGACGAGGCAGCCUACGCCGAAGAGUGGGCUGGCUGGACAGGCGGAGGCUGGUGGCGCCAGGAGAGUUCGACCUGGGACGGGGGAAGAGGACUCGAUGCUGGCCUGUCCAAGACGACGCCCAGCUACGAGCUGCUGAAGACCGACGGCUACCGACGCGGCACGACCGCCAUCAGCGAGGGGGCUUUCCUGGUCACGAACUCGCUGCAAGGAGAGGCGGCCGAGGCAACGGAGGAGAUCGACCUGGACCUGCUAGAGACAGACGAGGCCUUCAGGCCGCUGUUCAAGGUCCUGGACGAGUACUACAAAUACGACAACUGGACUGAGCUGCCAGCCCGGACGGAUCAGUUCUUCGGCAGGUUCGCCCGCCAGGAGAAGGAGUCCAUGAAGUUGUGCUGCCUACGCCAUCAGCGCGACCUCAGGAAACUGAAGGAAGUGGGGAUGGAGAUUCCAGAUAUGCUAGCGGGCUGGCACCUCCUCACGAGAGCGGCGAUCCCGCCGUCAGGUGCCGCCCAGGUUCGGAGUCAAUGCGUAGACGGCCUCAGCUGGCAAAAUGUGAAGAAAGCUCUACUCGACACGUAUGGAGCCGAGGGUCUGCCCGACAAGCGUGACAUCAAACGAGUGGAGAAGAUGCUGCUCGGGCAGAAUGCCAAGGACGACGCUCAUUACACAAACGACUACGAGUGGGAGCGAGGCCUGAGCUACGAAGACACGUACCUGAUCGCAGAGGAGCCACCGCAAGAUGUCGAGGACGCGCAGCUCGCGCGCGACGAGGCCUACCUGAGUUUCGUGGAUGCGAAGAAGCGCGUGGCGGAGAUCGCGAAGUCCAGACGCUUCUACCCGAUCGUCGCCGUGGCGCCCGACAACAACUACCGUGAAUCACGACCUGCCCGAGCCCCAGGCAUAGGCAAGGGACGUGGACGCGGCAAAGGCAAAGGAUCAAGUCAGCCACGACGAGAUCCAUCAGCGUUCAAGUUCCCGAAGACCCUUUUCGCCCGCUCACCGGCUGCAUCGAGUGCGGGAUCAACCGGGACGGGCUCAACGCAGCAGCGCGGCCCGAGGUUCAAGAGAUUCCGUCGCGGCGGGUUCACCAAGACGGAGACCGAGUCAGGCAACAUGGUCGAGGACGUCGAGACGUUGGAGUACGCGAAUUCGACCGAGGAGGUGUUCCUGCUGACAGUCGGCAAGGGCAUCAGCGACGGAGGCGCUACGCGGCCCGUCAUGGACGACAAGGUCUGGGCGCAGUGGGAGAAGCUGCUGCGCGUGAAGCAGUUGCUGCACGAGGUCAAGUAUGAGAAAAGUGAUCGACGGUUCAGGUUCGGAGACGGGAAGACGCUGGAGGCGAAGAAGGCGGUGACGUUGUCGGUGUGGCCGUUCGGCAUCACGAAGCAAGUCGCCACCCGCCUCGUCGAGGGGUGGACGCCGCUGCUCAUCGCCAGGCCCUGCGCGGAGGAGUGGGGUCUCAUUCGGGACUACCGAGCAGGUGCGUUCAUGAUGAAGGACCUCCCCGACAAAGGUUGGAUGAAGUCCGAGCGCGAUGAGAAAGGCCACUUCAUCAUUGAUCUGUUGGGCAGCGCUGGGAAGGAAGCAGACGACGCCAUGAACGAGGGCGCUCCCACGGGCGGCGAGGAGAGCAGCGACGACUCGACGGACAAGGACUCGGAGGGGAGUUCGGUGAAGGGAGAGACCGACGAUGGCAGCGACUCGUCGGUGCCAGACGCCGAUGCCUACUACCUCGAGACCGCCCCGGAGUUCUACGACAUCGGUAGCGACGACGAGGCGCUGACGACCGAGAGGUUCUCAGACAUGGACGCGGACACCUACUCAGACCUGAUCUUGGCCCUGGAGCAAGCGGAGACCGACAUGAGGGAUACGCUCAGAGGACCCCGCGAACGCGUGGUCUGGGAGGUCUUCGUGGACCAAGGGGCUUUGUCGGAGGAGCUGCUGGAGUUCCCACAGGUCAAGGUGAUCCAGUUCAGGCUGGCCGAUGGGCUACACUGGCAGACCAAGACCUGGCAGGAGCUACCUGGAUGUCACUGCCGGCUCGACCAGCGCAGGCUGGGCGCGAGGUUCGAGAUCCAGUGUCAGCUUAAGCCGUGCCAGAAGCCUACGCGACUCCAGUCCGCGAACAAGGAGCUUGUACACCACGUGAACAUGAAAUGCAGCUGUACCGAGGAGCACGGGGCCUUGCGCGGCAAGCUUGCCCAGCAGGCUCAGAACUACCCGAGACCGAUGGCGCGAAGGAUGGCCUACCUGGUCGCCUAUCAGGGCAUGGCCGACGACAUUGAGGAUAUCAACACCGCCGAGGAGGUCUCCAAGGACAUCGACGCCAUCGGAUACACCGACGUGAUGCAGGAACUGAUGAAGCGGUUCAACGUGUCGACGAUCCGGGAGGUCAAGCGCGCUCACAUCAGUCUGGGCCAUCCCUCCAACGCGGCGCUGGCGACCGCCAUGAAGCACGCGAAGGCCCCGGCCGAGUGGCUUCAGUGCGCCAAGCUCUUCCAGUGUGAAGUUUGCCUGAGCAAGCAACGACCUCGAGCAGUGCGCGUAGCUGUACUGCCGACAGCGAAACGGUUCAACGAGGUCGUGAACACCGACGUCUACUACGUCACCUGCUGGGCUGGCAAGCCCGACACCAUGAGGAUGGACAUGGCAGGCUCGCACACGUCAAGAAGGAUGCACCAGUGGAUGAGCAAGCACAACAUCACACUCGACCUGAACCCGAAGGGCGCGCACCACAAGCUCGGACUCAUGGAGCGCAACCAUGCGGUCAAGAGCGAGCAACUCAGCAAGUACCACCUGCAGUUUCCCGACGACUCGCUCAAGACCGCGCUCAGGAUGACCGCCAGCCAGCGGAACAUCUUACGGAACGCGCGCGGGUAUUCGCCCGCGACGCUGGUGUUGGGCACGCAGCCCAAGGUACCUGGCGCUUUGUGCGACGAGGACUUCGGCCUGGCGGAGCAGGCUGCGUUGGUCGACCCCAAGAGCGAGGUCAACGAGGACGACGUGAUGCACACGUCCGUGGCGUGGGUCACGCACGGGCGCACGAUCUACCGAUGCACGGUGGAGCAGCUCCGUCCCGAGCUGCCAAGUGAGACCCGAGAGCGAGAAGGACGACGCGAGGAUCCCGACAGCCCACUCAGCACCAUCGAGAAGCUGAGGAGGGCGUUGAGGCGGACCAAGGGAACCUGCAGCUUCAGUGACCUCGCCGAGGGGGGCCAGCGGCCCCAGUACGACGACGCCCUGGGCGACAUGGGCGCGCAGCAGCCCGACGCCCAGGGUGUUCAACAAGAACGACGGCUGGAACCCAUCGACGAGGCGGAGGUGGACCCAGCGGCGCGCUGCCCGCUACGCUUCCUGCUGAAGUGGAAGGUGAAGGACGGAAAGCGAGUGGCCAACGCGCGAGUGCUCUACCAGGGUUUCAAGCACCGAGACGUGGCCGAGGGCCAGCUCGACAAGGAGGCGCCCACUUUGAGCAGGCUUGGCCGACACACGGUCUUGCUUUGGGCGGCCUUGAGGAAGUGGAGGCUGUUCGCUGCGGAUGUGAAGUCCGCGUUCCUGCAGGCCGAGGACGUCAGUGCCCGCGGCAUCAAGCUGUACGCGAGCCCGACGAAGGAGAUCUUCGACGGCCAGACGUUCGUGGUGGACGGGCUGAUCGGCAAGCGCGCGGGCGACUUCAUCGGCUGCGGCGAGAACGUGAGUUGCGAGGAUGACCUGUACGCCAAGCUGGACGACACCGAGUGCUUCCAGGCGCGGCUGGGCAUGCUCAACGAGAAGUUCAAGUUCGGCAAGUGGGAGUUCGGGCCGAGCCUAGUCUUCACCGGCGGCGAGGUGGAGCAGUCCCUGAGCUCCCACGCGAUCACCAUCAAGUUCGAGAAGUACCUGCACGCGGUGAAGCCCAUCACCGUGGAGACGCACCGGCGGGCAGAUCCCACCAGUGCGCUGUCGCCGAAGGGGGUUAUCAUCGCGGCGGCGACGGCAUCGUUCAGAGCCGCAUCGACUGGACAUGCGACGGUGCAAGACUUGCUGGACGCGAACAAAGAUUUACGGCUCCUGAAGGCCAACGCGGACGUGGGAUUGUACUUCGGCUUCGACAGGCCGUGGAGUGAGUUGCGCGUUGGAGGCUACUCAGAUGCGAGCUGGGCCAGCCGACCUGACGGAAGUUCCCAAGGAGGCUAUCAGAUCUUCGUCGGACCCGAGGACGAGCUCAACGCCGGCGCCCCGACGCCGUUCGUGGCCAUGGAGUGGGCCUCGAAGAAGCUGGUGCGGUUGUGCAAGAGCUCACUGUCCGCCGAGGCACAAGCCGCGGCGAUGGGAGCCGACUCGCUGAUGUGGGUGAAGGUCUUUUUGGCCCUGAGUCUGAGGCCCGACCUCGCUACGGCGGGGUUGGGCAUCGCAGAGAAGAGGACGGCCAUCGAGAUGAAGAUCGUGAACGAGCAGCUGGCGGAGGUCAACGCCGGGUGGAAGUGGGUGAACACCCAGCAGCAGAUGACGGACGAGCUCACCAAGCUUUCGGCGCGCCAGAUGAUGGCGGAUGCGUUACGCCGUGGAGUUCAUGCCUUGCGCUACGACCCCGACUUCGUGGCCGGCAAGAAGCUCACCAAGCGCGCGAUGGAGCAACGCGAGAAGGAGCUGGACCAGGCAGGAGAGGAGUUGCUCGACACCUUCGAGAAGGAACCCGUGGCGAAGGCGAAGGCUAAGGCCAGGACGCGCCAUUUUGGCGCGAAUGGAGCCCGUUUGGCAGCUGCGUUGGCGGCUACGAGAGCGACAGGCUCUGGAGCUGAGGUGGUACAGUAUACGCCCAGCGGCGUCGAGCUGUUCCACCCACCGACCAACGACGGCUGGGACAACCUGCUGGUGAAGCUGGCCAUGUUCGGACUCAUGAUGGCGAUGCUCGUGGCUUUCGGCUGUGGAUUUUGGGUCGGCACCUGUUGGACACGCUGGACUACGACGGACGCUGAGCAGAAGAGCAUCAGGCCGCGUGAGCCUGAGACCGAGCCGAACCCCAGCAUGACGACGAAGCACUACGUCGAGGGGGCCGAGAUGAUGACGACAGGUGUGAACACCAAGCAGCCACGCCAGAAGAAGGUGCGCCACAUGAUGUGCCAGGCGCAAUGCCGCUACAACCAGGAUGCGCAGACGCCGAGGUUCCAGCCGCUGCCCGAGUACGCACACGGAGCUUUCAUCGGAUAG